AGAAUCGCAACAAAGCGGAAAUAACCCGAACGAGAUAUGAAUGAACGCUGGAACUUUUGUGUUGCGGCGCUCUAAUCCGGGAGCAAAGUUGACUUGAUGAAAUGGCCCCUUAAGGCGUUACUUUGCGUUGCAAAUGGCCACUCUAGUGUUGGACAACGGGGCCUACACGGCAAAAAUUGGAUAUAGCUCUGACCAAGUCAGUGUCAUUCCCAACUGCCAGUUUCGCUCCAAGACCUCCCGGAUGAAAACGUUCACCGCCAACCAGCUAGAUGAGAUCAAAGACCCAUCGGCGCUAUUCUACAUCCUGCCCUUCCAGAAGGGUUACCUGGUCAACUGGGACGUCCAGAGGAAAGUUUGGGAUCAUUUGUUUGGCAAAGAAAUGUUCAAGGUGGACUUUGCGGAGAGCAGCAUCGUCAUCAGCGAGCCUUACUUCAACUUCACGUCCAUCCAGGAGUCCAUGAACGAGAUCCUGUUCGAGGAGUACCGCUUCCAGUCGGCUCUCAGGAUCAACGCGGGUUCUCUCAGCGCUCGAGGAUACUUCCGCUCGGAACCUUACCAGCUGUGCUGCCUCCUGGUGGACAGUGGCUUCUCCUUCACACAUAUCGCCCCCUACUGUCGCGGCAGCAGAAUGAAGGACGGCAUCCGCAGGAUCAACGUAGGAGGGAAGCUGCUGACUAACCACCUGAAAGAAAUCAUCUCCUAUCGGCAGCUGCACGUGAUGGACGAGACCCACGUGAUCAACCAGGUGAAGGAGGACGUGUGCUUUGUGUCCCAGGACUUCUACAAGGACAUGGCCGUCGCACAGCUGAAGGGACACGACAACACGGUGAUGAGAGACUACGUUCUUCCCGAUUUCAGCGCCAUCAAAAAAGGCUUCUGCAAGCCGGCCGACCAGGUGGUGCUGAGCGGCAAGUACAAGACAGGCGAGCAGAUCCUCAGGCUGGCCAACGAGCGCUUCGCCGUUCCCGAGAUGCUCUUCCACCCUUCCGACAUCGGCAUCCAGGAGAUGGGCAUUCCCGAGGCCAUCGUGGACUCUGUCCAGUCCCUGUCUGAAGAUAUGCAGCCUCACAUGUACGGCAACAUCAUCCUGACCGGAGGCAACGUUUUGUUUCCGGGCUUCCGAGAGCGCCUGGAGGCUGAACUUCGCUCUCUGGUUCCCGCUCACAUUCCCGUCAAGGUCACGUUGCCCAACAACCCCAUCACGUAUGCGUGGGAGGGAGGGAAGCUGCUGGCGAACGAUCCAGACUAUGAGGAGAUGGUGGUCACCCGCGAUGACUACGAGGAGAACGGACAUUUUGUUUGUGAAGAAAAGUUUGACAUCUGAGCAGCCAUUUUGUGCCUCCGUGACGACGCGGCAAGCAAACGAGUCAACUCGGGUCAAUCGAAAACACCAACAUUUUGCUACUUUAUUUGUCAACAUUUUAAUGACACUGUGAUUAUAGGUUUCGGGGGGUGGCAUCUCCCUUCAGGAAGACAUUUUUCUUCUGAUUUAUUUAUGAAGUUGAUUAUUUUUUUACAGUCUUAAACCAAUUAUGCAUAUUAAAAUUGAUUCAACAUUUCUGCAA